CAGAGCGACGUUUCACGAAAGUCCAGUGGAUCACAACACAACGAAAUCAAAAUAGGGCUAGAUUUGGGGGGCACGCUCUUUCCCCAGUUAAUUUUGUGUUUAAUUACUUGCCAUUUUAUUUGCUGAUUUGUUUCCAUUCUUCUGUCCUGACACAUGCCGCCGUGUCCUUGAACAAAAUCCAAAUUCAAAAAGGAGGCAAACGAAAGAUCAAAGGACAUUGCCCUAAUAACAAGACCGAAGAGUCGUAGAUAGAUUACGAUGGAUCACCAUUCCAGCGUGCUUCCAUCGACUCACUGGUGAAUGAUAUUAUUUCUGGAGUCCUAACAUUUGGAGGGCUAUUUGGUACUAUUAUUGCUUAAAUACGAGAUGGAGGAAAAGGAUGGGGAAGUGGAUGACAUUGAGAGUGCAAGUAGCGAUUCUUUUAUUGAUGAUUCAGAUGAUGAUGGACCUUCAAUAUCUGCAGAAGAUGAUGGAUUGCAUUUUGAGGUUAAUUUGACUGAGGAAGAAAUAGAAGAGCUAAUUUCUGAACUUUUAGAAGUUGAGAGCAAGGCUGCUGAGGCCCAAGAAUCACUCGAAGAUGAGUCACUAGAAAAAGUGGAGGAUGAAGUUCGGCAAGAAUUGGCGCAAUCUCUGCAUGGAGAAGACCUCGAGAAAGCUGUUUCUGAUGAAAUGGAAACUUUUAGGGAAGACUGGGAAGCUGUACUUGAUGGGCUUGAGAAAGAGAGUGCUCACUUGUUGGAGCAACUCGAUGGUGCUGGUGUUGAACUCCCGAGUCUGUUUAAGUGGAUUGAAAGCCAGGCUCCUAAUGGUUGCUCCACUGAAGCUUGGAGAAAAAGGACUCACUGGGUUGGAUCUCAGGUCACCAAUGAUGUGACUGAAUUUGUAUCGGAUGCUGAAAAGUUUCUUCAGAGCAACAGGCCUAUAAGAAGGAAACAUGGCAAAAUACUGGAGGAGGGUGCCAGUGGUUACUUGGGGAAGAAACUUUGUAUCGAUGAUAGCAAGGAAGCUACAACUGAAAAAUCUGAUGUGGAUUGGAGCUCUUUCAACCAAAUAAUUUCUGCUCGUUCAUCUGAGGAGCUUACAUCAUUUGGCAGCAAGAAUUGGGCUUCUGUUUACUUUGCUAGUACUCCACAACAAGCUGCAGAAUUAGGGCUCAAAUUUCCUGGAGUUGACGAGGUGGAGGAAAUCGAUGACAUUGAUGGCAGCAACUGUGAUCCAAUGGUUGCAGAUGCCCUAGCUAAUGAAAGAGAAGCAGGUCUUUCGGAGGCACAAAAGAAAAACUUUAAGAAGGUCAAAGAGGAAGAUGAUGCAAAUUUUGACCUGAAGCUUCAGCGUAAUUUGAAUCGAAGGAGACAGAGAAACAGAUGCAAACAGGAGGCCAUAGAGAGAGAAUUUUUGCCAGCAGAUAAGCAGAUGGAAAUUAGUUCAGAUGCGGAUCUGGAUGUUGAUAGUGAGAGUAAUAAGAUUGAAAUGAUGGGUCAGAAUUUGAGGACUGGCGUGCAUGAAAAUAUUGAAGUUUCUGAUGAUCAUGAGAAGGGAAAAUCAAAGACUAACGGUAGCUCUUCAGUGUGUUCUGAUUCCUGUUUGCCUGACGAAAGUGAAACCAGAGGGACCAAGCGUUCACAUGACAGUGAGGAACUAGAGGUUGAUAAUAAGAAGACUCGCCCCGUUGUUAUUGACAUUGACGAUACAGCUCAUACUCCCUUAAAGAGUUUGAAUGGGAUCUUCCGCUGCACUGUUUGUGAUAAACUAGCAGCUGAAGUACUACCACAUCCACAUCCACUUCUAAAAGUAAUUGUCUGCAGGGAUUGCAAAUGUUUUAUUGAAGAAAAGAUGCAUCUACAGGAUCCUGAUUGUUCGGAGUGUUAUUGUGGAUGGUGUGGAGGGAACAAGGACUUUGUGAGUUGCAGGUCAUGUAAAAUGUUAUUUUGUAACUCCUGUUUGAAGAGGAAUUUAGGCGAAGAAUGCUUGUUAAAAGUCCAGUUGUCUGGUUGGCAAUGUUGUUGCUGCUCUCCAAGUGUUCUCCAGCAGUUGACUCUACAGUUGGAGAAAGCUAUUGGAUCUAUAGUUCCCAUGAUUUCUAGCUCUGACAGUGAUUCGGAUUCUUCUGAUGCAGAUAUCACUGUUUCUAUCAGCACCAAAAGAAAACGAAAAAAGAAAAUCCGGAGAAUCCUUGACGAUGCUGAACUAGGGGAAGAGACGAAAAAGAAAAUUGCAAUUGAAAAGGAGCGCCAAGACCGCCUGAAGUCUAUGGAAGCACAGGUUAAAAGCAAAUCGGUGCUUAUGAGUUCUAUGAACUUUAGUGGCAACUUAUCUGAAGGUUGUAGUGUUGAAGUCCUGGGUGAUGCUCUCACGGGUUAUAUAGUGAAUGUUGUGAGGGAAAAGGGUGAAGAGCCUGUGCGUAUUCCUCCGAGCAUGUCAGGAAAACUAAAAGGCCAUCAGGUUGCAGGGAUACGAUUUAUGUGGGAGAAUAUUAUCCAGUCAAUUACAAAAGUGAAGUCCGGUGAUAAGGGUCUCGGAUGUAUUCUAGCUCAUACCAUGGGCCUUGGUAAAACUUUUCAGGUCAUAGCUUUCUUGUAUAGUGCUAUGAGAAGUGUGGAUUUAGGAUUGAAAACUGCACUAAUUGUGACACCAGUUACUGUUUUGCACAACUGGCGAAGCGAAUUUUCGAAGUGGAGCCCUUUAGAGUUGAAACCGCUUCGCAUCUUCAUGCUGGGAGAUGUUUCAAGGGAGAGAAGGGCUGAGUAUUUUGCGAAAUGGAGGGCCAAGGGUGGUGUCUUCUUGAUUGGAUAUUCUGCAUUUAGGAAUCUCUCCCUCGGAAAGCAUUUGAAGGAUAGUCACGUGGCCAGAGAAAUUUGUUACGCGCUUCAGGAUGGACCUGAUAUACUAGUUUGUGAUGAGGCCCAUACAAUCAAGAACACCAAGGCCGAUGUAACCCAGGCCUUGAAACAAGUUAAAUGUCAAAGGAGGAUUGCAUUAACUGGUUCACCUCUUCAGAACAACCUAAUGGAAUAUUAUUGUAUGGUUGAUUUUGUCAGAGAAGGAUUUCUUGGGAGCAGCCAUGAGUUUAGAAACCGCUUUCAAAAUCCCAUUGAGAAUGGACAACAUACCAAUUCAACAUCUGAAGAUGUGAAAAUUAUGAACCAAAGAUCUCAUAUCCUCUAUGAACAGUUGAAAGGUUUUGUCCAGAGAAUGGACAUGAAUGUGGUUAAGAAGGACUUGCCCCCGAAAACUGUUUUCGUAAUAGCUGUAAAGCUUUCUCCCUUACAAAGGAAGUUAUACAGAAGAUGCCUUGAUGUGCAUGGGAAUGUUUCUGGUGAAAAGUUACCGAAGAGAAGUUUUUUUGCAGGUUACCAGGCCUUAGCACAGAUAUGGAACCAUCCUGGGGUUUUGCUCCUAAUGAAAGGUUGCAAAGACUACAGAAAACGUGAAGAUGCUGUUGAGAAUUUGCUUCCAGAUGAUAGUUCUAGUGAUGAGAACAUAGAUUGUAACAUGGUUACAGGAGAGAAACUGAGGAAGAAUGAGUUUCAGCAGAGAAAAACCAAUACUGGCUCUUUUGAUGAGGAUUGGUGGAGUGAUCUUCUUCAGGAAAAGAACCACAAGGAGGUUGAACACGGUGGUAAAAUGGUUUUGCUGCUUGAUAUCCUUACGAUGAGCUCCAAUGUGGGCGAUAAAACACUAGUUUUUAGCCAGAGUUUAUCAACUCUAGAUAUGAUAGAGCAUUUUCUCUCAAAAUUGCCUCGGCAAGGGAAAAUAGGGAAAUGCUGGCGACGAGAAAAAGACUGGUAUAGGCUAGAUGGAAGAAUGGAGGCCUCUGAAAGGCAAAAACUGGUUGAGAGGUUCAAUGAGCCCUCAAAUAAAAGGGUAAAAUGCACUCUGAUAUCAACUAAAGCUGGGUCUCUAGGGAUCAACCUCUAUGCGGCCAACCGCGUAAUCAUCGUUGAUGGUGCGUGGAACCCAACAUACGAUCUUCAGGCUAUAUUUAGGGCUUGGAGGUAUGGCCAAACAAAGCCUGUGUUUGCUUACCGACUGAUGGCACAGGGAACGAUGGAAGAAAAGAUAUACAAGCGUCAGGUAACUAAGGAGGGGCUUGCAGCUAGGGUGGUUGACAGGCAGCAAGUUUACAGGACUAUGUCUAAAGAGGAGAUGUUACAUCUCUUUGACUUUAGUGAUGAUGAAUCUGAUUCUUUGCCUGAGCUUGUAGAAGAGAAUGGACAUUCAAUUAAACAAAGCACUGGUGGCCAAGUUGGAAUCUUUCAAAAGCAGAAGCUGCCUCUUCCUGACGGAACUUGUUCUUCGGACAAGUUCAUGGAAGGUUUGCUAAGCAGACAUUAUCCGAGAUGGAUUGCAAAUUACCAUGAGCAUGAGUCUCUUUUGCAAGAGAAUGAAGACGAAAAGCUAUCAAAAGAGGAACAAGACAUGGCGUGGGACGUGUAUCGGAGAACUCUACAAUGGGAGGAGGUGCCACGGGUUCCGCUUGAUGAAUCUGCAGUUGAGCGAAAGCAAGAUGUUCCAAAUGUACCCACUCCUGUUCCAGAUACCAUCAACAAAACCAUACUACCCAAGGGCAGAUUGAGAAAUCGGGUGAUGCAACGGAAGUGCACUAACCUAGCACACUUGUUGACUCUAAGGAGUCAGGGCACAAAAACCGGUUGCAGUACUGUGUGUGGGGAAUGUGCUCAGGAGAUAAGCUGGGAGAACUUGAAUAGGGAUGGAAAAUCGGUAAGGUGAGGCGGUCAGUCGAGUAACAAACAAACAGCGCCUUGAUUUUUUUGGAUACACAGAGGUCGUAGAUUCACAGAACAGCCCCUGAUUUAAUUUCAUGCGUAAAUGUCGUCAUGUUUUUUGUUCGUUUUUGUAAAGGGCUUUUGCAAGUUAAAGUUUCUUGCAAAAAUUAUAGAAUCUUUUUUUUGUAGAUACAGUUGUAAAACUCCUGCUUGGAGUGAACUGUUGUACAUUCAUGAGUUAAAGGUCUUUUGUAACUUCAAAUGAUAUGGCUGGAAAAUCAUGAAGGAUCUUUUUGUAUGAACAUCGAUAUUCCGGGAUCCAUGGUUGGCAAGUUGGCAUUGGAUUUAUUCUGACUA